CUGCCGGUGCCGGUACCGGGGCGCGGGGCCGAGCGGGGAGGGGGCGACCACCCCCCGCGGGCCCUGCCCGGAGAGCGGCGGCCGGAACGGGACGGGAGCAUGCGGAGCCUCCCCCUCCUCCUCCUCCUCCUCCUCCUCCUCUGCCUGCUGACUCUCGCCGGGACCCGCGGGCAAGUGGUGCAGACGCGGUUCGUGGAGGAGCCCGAGGACCAGACGGUGGUGGCCGGGCAGAGGAUCGUCCUCUCCUGCGUCGUCCUCAACUACUCCGGGAUCGUGCAAUGGACCAAGGACGGGCUGGCCCUGGGCAUGGGGCAGGGCCUCAAAGUCCCCCCCGAGGACCCCACGAUCGACGGAGCCCCCGAGAUCCUGCUGAGGGCGGGGACCCCCUACAACCUGACGUGCCGGGCCCGCAGCGCCAAACCCGCCGCCACCAUCGUGUGGUUCCGGGACGGGCUCCAGCAGGAUGGAGCCGUCACCACCACGGAGGUGCUGGCCGACGGCAAGAGGGAGACGACCACCAGCCUGCUGGCCAUCAACCCCACCGACCUGGACAUCGGGAGGGUCUUCUCCUGCCGCAGCUCCAACGAGGCCAUCCCGGCCGGCAAGGAGACCUUCGUCAAGCUCAACGUCCACCAUCCCCCGACCGUCACCUUGUCCAUCCAGCCCCAGACGGUGCAGGAGGGCGAGAGGGUCGUGUUCACCUGCCUGGCCACCGCCAACCCCGAGAUCAAAGGCUACAGGUGGGCCAAGGGCGGGGUGAUCAUCGAGGACGCCAAGGAGAACAGGUACGACACGCAGGUGGACUACACCUUCUUCACGGAGCCCGUGUCCUGCGAGGUGCACAACGACAUCGGCAGCACCAACGUCAGCACGCUGGUGGACGUGCACUUCGCCCCUCGCAUCGUGGUGGACCCCAAGCCCACGGUGACCGACAUCGGCUCCGACGUGACGCUGACGUGCGUGUGGUCGGGAAACCCCCCGCUGACCCUCACCUGGACCAAGAAGGAGUCCAACAUGGUCCUGAGCAACAGCAACCAGCUGUACCUCAAGUCGGUGACGCAGGCGGACGCGGGGCAGUACGUCUGCAAAGCCAUCGUGCCCCGCAUCGGGGUGGGAGAGAGGGAGGUCACGCUCUUUGUCAACGGGCCCCCCAUCAUCUCGAGCGAGGCGGUGCAGUACGCCGUGCGCGGCGACCGCGGCAAGGUCGAGUGUUUCAUCGGCAGCACCCCGCCCCCGGACCGCAUCGCGUGGGCGUGGAAGGAGAACAUCCUGGAGGCGGGCACGCUGGAGCGGUACACGGUGGAGAGGACGAACACGGGCAGCGGGGUCCUGUCCACCCUCACCAUCAACAACGUCAUGGACGCCGACUUCCAGACCCGCUACAACUGCACGGCCUGGAACAGCUUCGGGCCGGGCACCGCCAUCAUCCAGCUGGAGGAGAAAGAGGUUCUGCCCGUGGGCAUCAUCGCGGGUGCCACCAUCGGCGCCAGCAUCCUCCUCGUCACCUUCCUCGUGGCGCUCACCUGCUUCCUCUACCGGCGCCGCAAAGGGAGCCGCAAGGACGUGACCCUGCGGAAGUUGGACAUCAAGGUGGAGACGGUGAACCGGGAGCCGCUGACGCUGCACGCGGACAGGGAGGAGGACACGGCCAGCGUGUCCACGGCCACCCGGGUCAUGAAGGCCAUCUACUCGUCGUUCAAGGACGACGUGGACUUGAAGCAGGACCUUCGCUGCGACACCAUCGACACCCGCGAGGAGUACGAGCUCAAGGACCCCACCAACGGCUACUACAACGUCCGGGCCCACGAGGACCGCCCGUCCUCGCGCUCCGUCCUCUACGCCGACUACCGCGCGCCCGGCCCGGCCCGCUACGACACCCGCCCGCCCUCCCGCCUCUCCCACUCCAGCGGCUACGCCCAGCUCAGCACCUACGCCCGGGGGGGCCCCGAAUACGGCCCCGAGGCCCCCCCGGCCGCCGCCGGACCCGCUCCCGGCGCGACCACCGGCGACACCUCCAGCCAACUGUCCUACGAGAACUACGCCGGCCACGCCGCCGCCGCCUUCCCGGCGGGUCCCGGUUACGCCGCGGCCACCACCACGUACCGGUUGGGCUACGGGAACCCCCCGCCGGGCUUGGACAGGCCCUACGACGCCUACGAGGCCAUGGGGAAGUUCGCCAGCGCCGCCCGCUUCUCCUACACCUCCCAGCACUCGGACUACGGGCAGCGCUUCCAGCAGCGGAUGCAGACGCACGUUUAGCGG